UGCCUCCACUGAGCUCCUUUACUCCUCGCAGUUUCCAGAUGCAGACACAGAAACUCAAAGAGCUGCAAGCUGAAAGUGGGGACAUGCAACACGGAUUAUAACUUUGGCUUCACUUUGUACCAUGACGGGGCAACUUCUGAAGAUUUUCUGCCCUCCGUCCUUACACUAAAUUGAAUGCCUUAGGGAAAGUUUUGUGCUGUUGUUAUAUUUUUUAAGUUUAGACACAUAUGGACUGAUCAAAAAUUUUGUCAUCAUCUUGGAACAAUGAAUGACAUCUCUUGGAUUUAUCUUUACCUUGGGAUUUAAGUUGUCAUAGAAAAUAACACAUAUGGUAAAUUUCUCAAGAGCAAUGGAAUUUUGUUUGCAAAUUCAUAUUUUUACAGUUAUUGUGUCCUAUAUCAAGGUUUUUGCUCAUGUGGUGCCUAAUGUGAAGCAUCCAGGCCUGCAGGUGUUGGCCACAGCCUCACAUUAUUGGCCGCUUGAUGCUGUAGACGGAAUCCAUGAACUGUGGGACCAGAUUGAAAACAGACCAGGUUAUAUUACUAGAAGUAACAUAACUCUCAGAAUCCACAACCACACUGUGCUCCCUUCUUCCCAUAACUCUUCUUAUGUGUAUACCAAUGACUCUGCCUACACUAACAUUUCUGCAACAGUAGACAUUGUUGAAGGAAUGGUCAAUAAGGGGAUCUUUCUGAAUGGUGAUAACGGUGGCACUUUUCUUCACUUUGGAAACUACCAGAACUCAUGCAUAAGUGAUCCUAUGUUGUGCGGUCCUGAGGGAAUUACCAUCUCAUUUUUUUGGAAAAACCACGAGGCAGUGUCUCGCUCUGCAGUAGCCUCUGGAGGGAAAGUUAUCUCCAAUGGCUUCUCAGUCUUCACCAACCCUUUUAAAGGAUAUGUGGAGUUUUACACUCGAGGCAACAACCACAGGUGGAAGACUGACAUCAAAGUUCCAGGGCCAUACUGGACACAUAUUCUCUUCACAUGGACUAAGACGGAUGGUUUGAAAGUCUACAUCAAUGGGACCUACGCAGCUGGUGAUCAAGCUGGCAGUGUCUCAGAGAACUAUGGAGACCCUCAUCCUGACCUUGUUAUUGGAACUGGCAAUAACAGGGCGUAUGGUCACUAUGUAACAGGGGCUUUUGAUGAAUUUGUCAUCUGGGAAAGGGCCCUCUCACCUCGUCAGAUCCUGCUCUACUACAAUGCAGCCAUAGGCCAAGACAUGAAUUUUGACAAAACAGUCAUGGACUUAAAGGAAGCCACAUCAACUUCACCCACAGCUAGAGCCACUGAAGUCAGUCCUGCUGUCAUCAGCAGCCAUGGAGAGAUCCAAAGCUCCCAAGGUCCGGACACGGUGCCAGUGCUGGACUUUCUUGAAGCGCUGCCCAACAGGACCAUUCCUUACAACAUCGCCAACAACCUCACACAGGCGUUUCUCAAAAGUGUGGAAGAAGUGCUGUCCUCUCCAGGAUUGCCAGAGCAGUCCAACCCUUUAGUCAGUGGUUUGAUCGAGACCGUGGACAGAGUGAUGGAGCAUAUGGUGACUAACCUGGAGCCUUGCCCGAACACUCCCAUCUCUCUGGGAGGAACAUCUUUUGUUGCAGAUUACUCUCUGAUGAAAUUCCCACAAAACUUCAACAUGCCACAUUACCGCUUCCCCACACAAGGCAAAAACUACAUCUCUGUGCCUGGGGAGGCCUUCACCUUGCAGUCUCAAACCACCAUUGUCGGCCUUUUCUACCACAACAUGCACAAGUACUACAAAGAGAUCAGCCCUGUCAAGACUAGGAUUAAUGAAGCAGCAGAUUUCAAGGAUCACAAGAUUCAAGUGGCAAGCUGUCUAAUCUCUCUGAAAGUGGAGCCUUUACCAGCUCUGUCAGUAAAUCUCUCUGGAGCGCCACUCAUCAAGAUCGUCCUCACCCACGUUUUGAGCAAAGAACAGCAGGACCAAGUGUUAAAUCAGAGCAAUAAAGUCUUCCUGUACUGCGCCUUUUUGGACUACAGAUCUAAUGAGGGAGUAUGGUCCAAUGAAGGCUGCGUACGCUCCGAAGGAAACAUGACCUAUUCUGUGUGUUUGUGCAACCACCUCACCAACUUUGCCAUUCUUAUGCAAGUUGUCCCCCUAAAGCUCACUACUGGCCACAAGGUGGCACUAUCAACCAUUGGUUAUGUUGGAUGCUCAAUUUCCAUCUUCUGCCUCGCCAUCACUCUGGUUACCUUUGCAGUCUUGUCGUCUGUUAGCACCAUCCGUAACCAACGCUACCACAUCCAUGCCAACCUGUCCUUCGCCAUCCUGGUGGCUGAGGUCUUACUGCUCAUCAGCGCUCGUUUUGAUCCAGGCACGCCCUCCUGUAAAGUCAUGGCCAUCCUGCUUCACUUCUUUUUUCUGAGUGCCUUCGCUUGGAUGCUGGUGGAGGGCCUUCAUCUCUACAGUAUGGUGGUAAAAGUGUUUGGCUCUGAAGGCAGCAAACACUUCUACUACUAUGGCAUUGGCUGGGGUUCUCCAUUUGUGAUCUGUGUGGUUUCCAUGACAUCAGCCUUUGACGGUUAUGGUGCAGUUGACAACUGCUGGUUAUCACUGCAGAAGGGAGCCAUUUGGGCAUUUGUGGCCCCUGCUCUUUUUGUCAUUGUGGUGAACGUGGGCAUUCUGGUAUCGGUGACCAGGAUCAUAUCUCGAAUCAGCGGAGAAAAUUACAAGGUUCAUGGAGAUGCCAAUGCAGUCAAGCUGACAGCCAAGGCAGUGGCUGUGCUCCUGCCCAUACUUGGCAUUUCCUGGAUCUUUGGUGUUCUCACUGUCAACACACAUUCUUUGCCAUUCUUAUAUAUUUUUGCUGUAUUCAACUCAUUACAAGGGUUUUUUGUCUUCUUGUUUCACUGUCUCCUUAACUCUGAGGUCAGAGCCGCAUUUAAACACAAAACCAAGGUGUGGUCUCUUACCAGCAGCUCCAUCCGAAACAUCAAUGUGAAACCAUUCAACUCUGAUAUUAUGAAUGGACACAAGGAGGGUGUUACCCCAACUAAGAUGAACACAUGGGACAAAAGCACCAACUCAGCCAACCGUAUUGACCUCUCUGUCAUGUAAAAAGCCAAAUCCCCAUUUCUGUCUUAGUCAGGAGAGCAAUCUUUGGUUCACUUGGGUGGAAUGACAAAACACUGGCCAGAGUAUUCUGCCACUUUGUCGUAAAAUAAAUUGGACACUUAUAAACUCCAAAGUUGUAGUUGAAUUAUAGGUUCACCCUUAAUGACAAACAGACUUUUGGGACUGUGCCUCACCGUUAUUCCACAAAAAACAUAUUGUGCUCCUCGGAGGAGGAGGAGGAGGAAGAGAAAGUCAAUAAUAUGACAGAGAGAUCCAUGAGAGCUGUUCAGGAUCUGCCAAUGACCCUGCAUAGUCCACCCGCACACUGUGUAUAGAUGAGGCAACUGAUGUGUGUUCUGCCACCUAGUGGUACUUUAUUGUAGAAAAAUGUCACACAUUUAGCAACAUGAUUACUCUAUAUUUUACCAAAUUCACCUGUCUAUUAAUUUGUCCUUUUUACUGAACACAACAUGAAAAAAUGUAUACAACUUCUAUAUCUGUUUAAUUAGAAAAAAGGAUGCAUUGUUCAAAAGAAAAAUUGCAUGACACAUGCAGACAUAGCACAUGCAAACCCUCAGACGUGUCAGAGACAAGAUGCAUGACUGUGAAUAACAUGCAACAAGUUGUUUCUGCUAAAGGAGUCAAGUCAAGCUGAUGUUGAAUAAAUAAAUCAUAAAAAUGCUUAUUUUUCGUCUUUAUCCAUCAGGCCAACAAUUGAGUACAGUACUGUAUGAAGCUACUGCUAGCUGGUUAGCAUAAAGAAUUUAUCAAAGUCUUGCAUAUCACUGAAGUAACUACAAUGCAAGUAUAAAAGUAAUAUAUUGAAGUAUUGUCAAGUAAAACUAGUUUUUAAAGUACAUUUAAACCCUUUAAAUAAACCAAAGUGCUUCACACAGAUUUAAGGCUCAACAAUAGCAAAGCAAACAGAUGUUUCUUGCUUACUAAUAAAGAAAAAAAUUUAUAUAUAUACAUAUAUAUAUAUAUAUAUAUAUAUGUGUAUAUAUAUACAGAGAAAAGACACACAAUGCAUCCAGGAGGCAAAAAUGAACCAAUGAAAAAUACUUUAUUAAUCCCAGAGGGAAAUUGCAAAAUGGUUGGACAUGAGGUUGCACUUUAAAUGUUCAAUUUUUUUUUUUUUUUUUGUUGUUGUUUUUUUAUUUUUCAAUAAUGAAAUUAGUCAUUAAAUGUUGUUUCACAAUUCAGAGUUUUAGUUGUAAGCUGUCAAUGUGUCUGAAUGAUUGAAUUUGGCUUUUGACAUUGCUCUCAUAUAAAAUCAAUUGCAUUUGACUCAAUGAAUAAAACUUCUCCACAGUUACACCUACUGUAAAUGACAGUUUAAGACAGUAAAGGAUAGUAAAAGACAGGAGUGACCACUGUUCUAGUCUGUGACAGUAACCUGUACUGAUUACACUGUUAGCUUGGACCAUGCAGAUCAUAUAAAAUGCUGAGAAACUACUAAAUCCUUAUGCUGGUCUUGACAGCAGAUGGUUAGACAUUUCCAGUUGAGUUAAUGAAAGGCCUAUAAACUAAUGUCACUGAGAAGCCUUGUGCUCAUUCAAUGGAAACUCUACAUGUAUCCACAUCCUUAAAUACCUAUAGUUACAUUCACUGUGUAGAAACAAGUGAUUAACAAUUAAGACUUCUGUUGUAGGCAUUGCAGUUUAAAUCGGGAUUCUCAGGACCUCAAUUCACCCUUUUCUUUACUUGGGUCUACAAACUCCAUCUAAGAGAGAAAUUUCAACAGUUUACAUCCAUCUAUUUCUGUGGUUAGCACAAUUACCUGCCUCCUCAUCUGUGUUUAGGGGUUUGGUUUUACUAAACAAAUGGGAUGGGUGUUGUUGUUUUUUGUUGUUGUUGUUGUUGUUUUUUUCCUCCUAGGUGCGCACAGCAACUCAAUAAUACCAUUGGCAAUCAAUUACACAAAACAGUAUUGAAAGACAAACACAAAAAUUACUAAGAUUACAGAUGUAAAGUAAAUGUCUAAUAUACAUAAAAUGAAAGACAAACCAUGUUAAGGUUAUUGAGUGUACAUCUUGGGAUGUGUCUCAAGUGUUUCAGUAGAUGGGACACAGUUGAUAUUUCUUACUCACUAUAAUUUAGGAAUAGUUGAAAACAAUUGUUGGAAGAUCUAAGUGGUCUGAUGAACGAGAAAGGAAUGAAAAGUAAAUAAAAAGACUUUUGCAAAGGUACAGUUUUGAAGUGAUUUUGGCUGUGGUAACUGUUUUCAUGUUAGUGUGAGAUAGGAUGGGCUCCAGCUUGGCAAUAUUUCUUAUUAGGAAAGGCAACUUUUUACCACAGACCUUUAUAUGUUUAUCCAAUUUUAGUUCUGGAUCAAAGAUUACUUAAAAUUUUCAAACAUGUACAUGUUGAUUCAAAGUCAAUUGUCCUCAGCUAGGACCAAAAAUAGAAAAGUUUCUUGCCAUCGUGUAUUCACCUCCAGAAGGUGGUUUAGGUUAGUUGUAAUGGGUGUAAACGCCUCCAGAUUCAAAAGCAAGAAGAUUUCCAUAUUUUUGGCGAAGCAAUAAAAUGAGACAUUAUGAUUGUGGAAGACAGAACCUAAAGGCAUAAUCUCAGGUUUCAAGCACCAGAUUAGCCAGUCAAGUUUACUGUUCUUUUUACAGAAUAUGUGCCAAAUUAGCAAGCUGUGAGAAUGUGACUCAUUUUUCAUCAAACUUUAUCAUUUUAUCUGUUUUAAUUAAAGGGAAAAAAAAGAAAACUUUGGCUAGAAAAGGGUGACGGGAGCAUACAUUUCUAAAUCGUAUUGUUAAUUUUAUGCUCAUCAAAAUACACCGUCACCAGCUGUUACCAUAUUAAUUAUCACAAAAGAUGAAUUGCAAAAUGCAAACCUGAAUCUCAUGACUUUAAUCCCAUUUCGGGGACAACACACAUUAACUGUCUUAUAACCAUAGAUGCUUUAACAAUGAGUUCAACUCUGAUAUAUGUAUUUAUUUAUUUGGUGAUUCAAAUAAAUCAUCUAUAAACUGCCACAGUUACAAAUCAGUAUUGUUCACAUGUUAUUUACUGUUUAUUUUUGUUUUCUCUCUUUAGUUAAUUUGGCUGGCAUAGCUGCAGAAAGUCAUGUCAUGAGAAAACUACCAAAUGUUAGCCUGUGCUUUUAGAGAAAUAGUGAAUACUGUUUAUGUGUUAAAGACAGUUCUGUGAAUAUAUUUUACGUUUUUUCAGAUUUUUUUUUUUCUUUUUUGGUAUAAUAUAGGGCUUGAAGAUUCUUGCUGUUUUUUUUUCCUAUAUUUUUCUUUUUUGUGAGACUUUUUUUGAGAUGUUGUUGAUCUUACUGUGCCAACACUAGUUUUUUAGAUGAGGAUUUACUGUAUGUCACUCUUCACACACUUUUUAUGUCAAAUUUUAAAUGAAAUAUUUUAAUAUUCUUAUGCUUGUAUAUGGCCUUUAAUGAUUCUUGUUCAUGGUACGACAGUUUGUGCUUACACUUAUCUUUAUUAAAAACUGUUUA